CCUGAUAGGCACACUCACAUGCUUCUGCUAUCAUACUCCUCUUCGGUACAGCUCCAUCACUCCCUUCAAAACCACGUACAGACAAGGCUCAGCGGGUAAAGAGGAGGGGGAUUAAGAUAAGACGGCAGAGGAGCUUCUUUUGAGCUUGGAAACACAACUGGCGACCACCAUGUCGUUCAAAGUGAAGGAAAAGACAGAGGUGCGCCUGGUGUUUCUUGGAGCAGCUGGAGUGGGUAAGACAGCCAUCAUCCAACGCUUCCUCAAAGACACCUUUGAACCCAAACACCGGCGCACGGUGGAGGAGCUCCACAGGAAGGAGUAUGUGGUGGGCGGCAUCAAAGUCUCCAUCAACAUCAUGGACACCAGUGGCAGCUACUCCUUCCCGGCCAUGCGCAAGCUGUCCAUCCAGCACAGCGACGCCUUCGCCCUGGUCUACGCCGUGGAUGACCCAGAGUCCCUGGAGGCGGUCAAGAGUCUGCGAGAGGAGAUCCUGGAGGUCAAAGAGGACAAGUACACGCCCAUUGUGGUAAUAGGCAACAAGAUUGACCGUCACGGUGAUCGCCAGGUGUCCAGCAAGGACGUGCUGUCCACGGUGGAGCUGGACUGGAACCACAGCUUCCUGGAGUCCUCGGCCAAAGACAACAUCAACGUGCUGGAGGCGUUCAAGGAGCUGCUGCUGCAGGCCAACCUGCCCAGCUGGCUCAGCCCGGCACUGUGCCGGAGACGGGAGACCUUCCCGAAGGAGAGCAACAAGCGACCUCCCAUGAAAAAGACCAACAGCUGCCUCACCUCAUAGCGGUGUGAAGCAACAACAGGAAAAGAGAGAUUCCGGGAGGAAAGAGAAAAUCAAAGAGCUCCACUGACGAGGAGCCGAAUGGACAGAAACAAAUCAAACGGAGAAGGUUGAAUGUUUUAAGACUCUAACGAGACACCGAGUUUAUAAACUGUCCCAUCACGACAAGAAGAUGCUACGAUGAGGACGAACAUGCAAUGAUGAAAAUCCUCGAAGACCUGAGAGAAUGUGGCCAGACUGCGAAAUAAAAAAAUUCCCGUGCAGACACUACUUACUGUGAAUGUCAAAAAAUGAUGCGGUAACAAACGGUGACAGCGUAGAAGCAUCAUUAUGUAUCACAGGCUCAGUUUUCCACUCAACUAUCUGUAUGUUCGUGUGAUGUUUUACUGGUGUAAUAACUGUGAAGUCAUGCGUAUUUAUGCAAAAGUCGGUUUGCGUCUUGGUAUGAUAUGUUUUAUGAAUCAAGUGAACAAGAGAAGAAGAAGUUAACCUGGAAUAUGUAUAUAUUUUUGACAGCAAUGCAUGUCGUGAAAUCUUGUGUAGUUUGCCCUGCAGCAUUUAAAAUGCUGCUUGUGUGAUAAAUUCUUGUUUUAUUGGGAGUUUUUCCUUCUCAGAUGACUGAUAGUUUAUUUUGGUUAUGGUAGAAAGUCUCUUUUCGCCCGCUUUUUUUUUCUUUCCAAAAUUAAAAUGUUGAAGUGUCUUUUAGUCGACAAUUCACCACAGUGAUGUUUGUUUUACUGCUCCAUUAAGAUAAAUCAAACAUUCUAUAAUUCAAUUAGUUAUUUUCAAUACUGGUAUUUUUCUUUAUGUGACAGAAAAGUUGUGUGAGUGGAUGAAGGCAAAGAUAUUCACUAUAUUUUUCAGUGUCAGUGAUGAGUACAUCAGUACAGUAUUAUUAUUACUAUAUUAGAGUGGACACUUGAUGUGGUUACACUUUCUGCACAGCUGGUAUGUAUAUGGAGAGCUUUGACUAAUUUUGCGGUCAAAAGUUUUAAAUGCAUGAGCCGUCUCUAACUGUCAAUAAUUCUGUUGUUGGAUAAGGAGCAUUUUUUAAACAAAUAAAAAAAAGGAAUAUUACAUCGAAUCAA